AUAUCUUCUAGAUCUCCUCCGGCAAUGGCAGAGUUAGAGCAGAACGACGGAGAAACUGUAAUUCCGGCGGGAAAAUGGCGAAGGUUCACCCAAACACCGAAGAAUAUUGCAUCGCCGGCGUCGAGGUCGCCCGCGACAGGAAAGAUAUGAGCAGGGUGUUGACGGUGUGGAGGAAGUCCCUUCUCUUCAGUUGCAGCGGCUUCACGGUUUUCGACGACGUGGGAAAUUUGGUCUUUCGAGUCGAUAACUACGGCUCCGGCCGUGCCGGUGAGGUCGUGCUAAUGGACGCCGCCGGGAAGCCCCUGCUCACUGUUCGGCGAAAGAAGUUGAGUCUGGGUGAGAAUUGGAAGAUAUACAACGGCGAGGACGCCGCCGACCCCGUCUACUCCGUCAAGAAGCAGUACGCCAAGACCGCCCUGGCUCACGUGACGGCCUGCCGGCAGCGCUGCAGCAGCGCCGCCUUCGGGUACGAGGUAGAGGGGUCGUACGCCAGGAGGAGCUGCACGGUGUUCGACGGGCGGCGGCGGCCGGUGGCGGAGGUUCGGCGGAAGGAGACCGUCGGCGGGGUGGGAUUCGGAGACGACGUGUACCGCCUGGUGCUGCGUCCGGCAGCCGACGCUUGCCUCACGAUGGCCGUCGUUGUCGUCCUCGAUCAGAUGUUCGGAUGAAGCAUCUCUCUGAUCAAAAGCUGAGAUCAACUCAAAUUUUGCAUGAAUUGUUGUUUGUUUGUUUGUUUUGUUUUGUUUUGUGAAAAAAAAAAUAGCUUAAUUCUCUUCUAGCUCAUGGUUUUUUCCCAAAUCCAACCAUGAAGAUCGAAGAUGAGCCAUCAUCAAAAUUGUGUAAAAAAACACACUUUUUUAAUCACAAAAUCAGUUGCUUAGAGUAUA